UUAUUUCGGAUUAAUCAGAGGCAGACGUGAGACAGCAGCAGCAUAUAAAUGACACACACCGAGAGCCAAGUCGCCGCACCACCUAAACUUGGGCGAAAACACAACAAACAAACAAACCACGAGUCCAUGCCUGUGUUCUUCACUGCGAAACACUUGUAAGGAGUUAGACAAAGAAUGGGCGUGAGUUAUCCCUUGAACGAGAGCCCGGAGACCUUGGCUUAUUGUGUUAUUUAUUUAUUUUUGAAUUUUUCUUGGACCAGCAUCUGAGCGCUCGGCUCAGUCGCUGAGAGGCAGAGGAGGAACCAGCAGCAUGGAGUGCGCAGGAUGUACGUCAACCUUUGUGUGACUUUGAGCACUUGCCUUCUCCCCAAAUCCAAGUAAGGUGCGCAGGGAGGAGGGGAGACGCGGAGUCAGGGGGUGUUUGAGAGUGAGCGAGAGCAAGAGAGGGAGGAGAGAAGGGGAGGAAAGUGUGCACCAGGUGAUCGAGUGCUAACAAACCUCCACGGGGGCUGCCGGGUUCGAACACAGGAUCAGCGACCAUGGUGCCAGCGCGCUGCCCGGGACUGGCCCACCUCCUCCUCCUCCUCCUCCUGGGGUGCACCGUGGCUCUCUGCCUCGGCCAGAACGACACGGAGCCCAUCGUGUUGGAGGGCAAGUGUCUCGUCGUGUGUGACUCGAACCCUUCCUCGGACGGAGCGGUCACGUCCUCACUCGGCAUCUCGGUGCGCUCCGCCGGGGCCAAGGUGGCUUUUUCGGCCGUGCGUGGAACCAACCACGAGCCGUCAGAGAUGAGCAACACCUCCAUGACAAUCUACUUUGAUCAGGUUUUAGUGAACAUCGGCAACCAUUUUGACCUGAAGGCGAGUGUUUUCCAAGCCCCAAGGAGGGGGAUAUAUAGUUUUAGCUUCCACGUGGUGAAGGUCUAUAACAGACAAACCAUUCAGGUAAACCUGAUGCAAAAUGAUUACCCAGUCAUAUCAGCUUUUGCCGGGGACCAGGACGUGACAAGGGAGGCGGCCAGUAAUGGAGUACUGCUGAUGGUGGAGCGAGAGGACCGUGUCUAUCUGAAGCUGGAGCGAGGCACCCUCAUGGGCGGUUGGAAAUACUCCACCUUCUCAGGCUUUCUGGUCUUUCCUCUAUAAUCUGACCUUGGAUGUGACUCUGCUUGGAAUGACAACAACGACAAAAAAGAACAACGUGCGAUUUAUUUUGAACUCUAAGAACUUGUCAGCCAAGGAAGUCAAUGACGAAACUCCUGAAUAUCCUCAACAUCCUCCGUCCACCUCCUCCGCCCCCUCGCUCCCUCCUCCUCCUCCCAUCAGUCUACUAUCUCGUCCAAUAUGAACCUUGGACAUUCAAAUAUUCACAUCCAUCAACUUGUACGCACCAGGAUGUCGUGGUGGUGUCUUUGGGAUUUUGGCUGGCUUGGGAAACUUUGCCAAAAAGGACAAAAUUAAAGAAGGAAGAGAGGACAUGACGUGGAAGAGGCGACGACUGUGUUAUGCUCUAUUUUAAGUUUUGUAUAGCCUUAAAGAUUAUAUGGUUUUCGUCUAAGUGAAGUAUAUGGAAUUAUGGACAAGCUGAGAGUGAAGUGCUUUCACGCCCAAAGCCGUCUUUUGCACGAAUGGAAUUUUUAUUUUUUUUAUUAUUUUUUUUUAAUGUUUUGUGCUGUCAAUGGUGUUACGUUUGGAUGCUGAAAAUAAGCCAAAUUUGGGCCACAAGAAGAAGAAUUAUUUAUGAAAAGAAGAGGACACACCGGAAACGACUUGACUUGGAGAGCCCUUUUGCUGAAGAAAAAAAAAAAGAAUGAUUCUAUAAUUUUGAAAAUACAUUAUUCACAUGAGUGUGUUUGCGCAAUCCGCGUAUAGCUUUUGAUCGAUUUAAUGUUCAGUGAAAUUGCUCACUAAAUGUAAACUGUGGAAACAAUACAAGAAUCCCUAUAUAUGUCCCGCUUAAUAAACUAUAUUGUAUUGUAUA